AUGGUCUUACAGCUUUCUAUGCAAACUUACCGGGCGCGAAAAGAGCGCUCUGCUUGAAAGUGUAUGUCCGGCCCCUGGAGCUUGUGACAGAGCCAGCAAAAAGAUGCACAUUAAGUCCAUUGUUAUCGAGGGGUUUAAGUCCUAUGCCCAGAGAACAGAGAUCAAUGGCUUUGAUCCCCUCUUUAAUGCCAUUACUGGACUCAAUGGCAGUGGCAAGUCCAAUAUCCUGGAUUCCAUUUGCUUUCUUCUUGGCAUCUCCAAUCUAACCCAGGUAAGAGCCUCCAACUUGCAAGAUCUUGUGUAUAAAAAUGGUCAAGCUGGAAUAACAAAGGCCACAGUAUCUAUUACGUUUGAGAAUCUUGACAAGAAACAGAGCCCUCUAGGAUUUGAGGCACAUGAUGAGAUUACCGUGACAAGACAGGUUGUCAUUGGAGGCAGAAAUAAAUAUUUGAUCAAUGGAGUCAAUGCAAACAACACUCGUGUGCAAGAUCUUUUCUGUUCUGUUGGUCUCAAUGUUAAUAAUCCUCACUUUCUCAUCAUGCAGGGCAGGAUAACAAAGGUUUUGAAUAUGAAGCCUCCAGAGAUUCUAGCUAUGAUCGAAGAGGCAGCAGGCACCAGAAUGUAUGAAUGCAAGAAGAUAGCUGCUCACAAAACCAUUGAGAAAAAGGAAGCCAAGCUGAAGGAGAUCCAGACGAUUCUGGAGGAAGAGAUCACCCCAACUAUACACAAACUUAAGGAGGAAAGGUCCUCUUAUUUGGAAUACCAGAAGAUCACAAGAGAAAUUGAGCAUCUGAGUCGUCUCUAUGUGGCCUAUCAGUUUGUUUGUGCCGAGGAGACCAAAGUGCGUUCUGCAGAGGAACUGAAGGAAAUGCAGGACUCCAUUCAGAAACUUCAGGAGACUAUGGCUGAGAAUGACCGGAAGGUGAAAGAACUGAGCAAAGAGAUAGCAGAGCUGGAGAAAAAAAGAGAUCAGCAAAUUGGGGGUGCAUUACGUACACUAGAGGAAGGCCUUGCUGAAGCUCAAAGAGCUGACACUAAAGCACAAAGUGCCUUGGAUCUGAAGAAACAAAACAUGAAAGGUGAAGAGAAGAAACAAAAAGAACUGGUCAAGAGCAUGCAAGAGGAUGCCAAGGCCUUAAUGAACAAAGAGAAGGAAAUUAAGAAGAUUACAGACAGCUUCAGCACCCUGCAGGAAACAAGUCAGAAGGAUGCGGAAGCCCUUACUGCUGCACAGCAACAUUUCAAUGCAGUGUCUGCAGGUUUGUCCAGUAAUGAGGAUGGUGAGGAGGCUACACUCGCAGGACAGAUGAUGACGUGCAAAAAUGACAUCAGCAAAGCAGAAACUGAGGCUAAGCAAGCUCAGAUGAAACUGAAACAUGCACAGCAGGAACUGAAAACCAAGCAGACAGAGGUAAAGAAGAUGGACAGUGGCUACAAGAAUGACAGUGAGGCGUUUGAAGCAGUUAAGAAAAACAAGGAGAAACUUGAAGCCGAACUGAAGAAACUCAACUAUGAAGAUGGAAAAGAGGAGCAGCUUUCGGAAAAACGCAGGGAAUUAUCUCGGAAUGUUGGGCGCCUUAGGGAGGCUUAUGAGUCCCUGAUGGCUCGCUUUUCCAGCCUUCACUUUGAAUACAGGGACCCAGAAAAGGGUUGGGAUAAAAACCGUGUGAAGGGUCUUGUAGCUACACUGAUCUCUGUGAAAGACAUUUCUACUGCAACAGCCUUAGAAGUGGUGGCCGGAGGUCGACUGUACAACGUUGUGGUUGAUACAGAGGUUACAGGUAAAAAAUUGCUGGAAAAAGGAGAAUUGAAGCGGAGGCUUACAAUCAUUCCUCUCAAUAAAAUUUCAGCACGGCGUAUAGGAGCUGAUGCCAUAAAUGUUGCAAAAAAUCUGGUUGGCGCUGACAAUGUACAUCUUGCCCUUACAUUGGUUGGAUAUGAGUCAGAGCUGCAAAAAGCCAUGGAGUAUGUGUUUGGAACCACAUUGGUCUGUGACACACUGGACAAUGCUAAAAAGGUGACCUUUGACAAACGAGUGUUAACCAAAACUGUGACUCUCGGAGGCGAUACUUUUGAUCCACAAGGAACGCUUAGUGGAGGUGCCCGUUCCCAGGCCCCAUCUGUGUUGUCUAAAGUACAGGAGAUCAAAGAUGUCCAGGAUGAAUUGAAAACAAAGGAGGCAGAGCUGCAGACAGUGGAGAAAGAACUGACUAACCUUAAGAAUACAGCUGAAAGGUAUCGACAGUUGAAACAACAAUGGGAGAUGAAGUCUGAGGAAGUUGAUCUCCUUCAAACUAAAUUGCAGCAAAGCUCCUAUCACAAACAGCAAGAAGAGUUAGAACAACUAAAACAAACUAUUGAUGAAUGUGAAGAAACUCUGAAGAAAACCAAGGAGGUACAGAAAAAAGCAGAAGAAAAGUACAAAGUGCUGGAGCACAAGAUGAAAAAUGCAGAAGCUGAGCGAGAGAAGGAACUGAAGGAAGCACAGCAGAAAUUAGAUGCAGCAAAGAAGAAAGCAGAUGCUUCAAAUAAGAAGAUGAAAGAAAAACAACAAGAAGUUGAUGCGCUUGUUUUAGAGCUUGAGGAACUGAAAAGAGAGCAAACAACUUACCAGCAGCAAAUUGAAGCAGUGGAUGAAGCCAUGAAAAGCUACCAGGAACAAGUAGACAGCAUGACAGCAGAAGUUGCAAAACACAAGGAAAUAGUGAAGACAGCUCAAGAAGAACUAGCCAAACAGAAGGAAGUCAUCAUGGGUCAUGACAAAGAAAUUAAGAACAAAUCAACUGAAGCUAGCAAGAUGAGGGAAGGCAACAAUGACAACCAGCUUAAAAUAAAGGAGCUGGAACAUAAUAUCAGCAAACACAAAAAAGACAGCGCUGAUGCUGCUGCUAGGGUUGCCAAGAUGCUGACUGACUAUGAGUGGAUUUCUUCUGAGAAGCAUCUUUUUGGUCAAGAAAACACAGCCUAUGACUUUAAAACCAACAACCCCAAAGCUGCAGGCCAGAGACUACAGAAACUGCAAGAAAUGAAGGAGAAGCUGGGCCGCAAUGUCAACAUGAGAGCAAUGAAUAUGCUAACACAAGCGGAAGAGAGGUACAAUGACUUAAUGAAAAAGAAAAGGAUAGUGGAGAAUGACAAGUCAAAGAUUCUGGACACUAUUCAGGAACUUGACCAGAAGAAAAAUGAGGCUUUGAAUAUUGCAUGGCAAAAGGUGAAUAAAGACUUUGGUUCUAUCUUUUCAACACUUUUACCUGGAGCAAAUGCUAUGCUGGCCCCUCCAGAAGGGCUGGGUGUACUAGAUGGCUUGGAGUUCAAGGUUGCAUUGGGCAGUACAUGGAAAGAAAAUCUCACAGAACUAAGUGGAGGACAACGCUCACUUGUGGCGUUGUCUCUGAUUCUUGCCAUGUUGCUUUUUAAACCUGCCCCAAUUUAUAUUUUGGAUGAAGUUGAUGCUGCUUUGGACCUUUCUCAUACCCAAAACAUUGGUCAGAUGCUUCGCACACACUUCAGACACUCACAGUUCAUAGUUGUAUCGCUGAAAGAUGGAAUGUUUAACAACGCCAAUGUCCUCUUCAAGACAAAAUUUGUGGAUGGAGUCUCUACAGUUGCUCGGUUUGCCCAGAAUCAAAAUGGAGGACCUUCUGCUGGCCAGCAGAGAUCAGACAAGAAUAAAUCUAAAGAAAAAAGAAACCGCAUGCAAGUAGAUGCAUAAAAGGUUUUAUCAAAGACUUUGAUGUACUAUACCAGUCAGAAUGGAUGGCUCUAAAUCAUCAGUACUCCAUAUACCAUACCAUAACAUUUCCUUUGUAUUUAUCUUUGUUUGUACUUGUCUUCAUAGAAUUCCAUAGGAUGUGACUGUUCUUUCAUUUUUGUAUAUAUUUUCUUGUUAUGAUGUCAGAAAUUGUUUAAUGUAUCAACUUUUAUAACGUACUAAGGCCAAAUGGAUUAAUUUAAAGGGAUCCUGUCAAUUUUAAGCUGCCCUCACUGAAACUGCCUCCUGACCAUGACUGGCAGGUUUCUUUCCUUUUAGGCAUAGGAAAGAAAUGUGCCUGUCAUGGUAUAAAAGCAGGGAUGGCGGGGCCAGCGAGUCUCAUCAGACUCGUCUACCAAUGCUGGCAUGCUCUGUCAGGUUUAGCCUGCCAGAACUCUAAAAGAACUGACUACCAGCUCAAACUUGACAAACCAAUGAAAUCAGCAGGUCUGUCAUUAUACUAUUCUGCUCUGUGAGGGCAGCAUAGCACAGGUGGCAAGACUCCCUUUAACUGAAAUUCUCUGAUCAUUUUAAGCUUACUGUAAAGCAGUGCAGUCCAUCUUUUAGUGACUGUUCACACUUAGAAAACAUCAUACAGACUUUUUAUUCUCUGUAUUAAUAAACUCUUCGGAAUGAAAA